AUGGGGUCGCGGUGCCCGCGCAGCGUGGCGACGCAGGCCAGCGACUGCAGGCUCCACACCUUGAUGCUGCAGUCCGUGGCCCCCGAGAAGAGCAGGUCGUGCGAGGCGCACAGCGCCAUCACCGUGCCGGAGUGCCCCGUCAGCAGGUGGCGCUCCAGUGACGCGCUGCUGGGUGGCGGCUGCGUGGACGCGUCCUGGUCUGCGUGCGACGAAACCCCCGCCUCGGGGACCACGCCCGCUGAGAUGUGGCCGGGGCCGGCCUCGUCCGCAUCCUGA